AUGGUAUAUAGCAAUAUAUCCGUAGAUAACAACCUGCAGAUAUUGCCAAUCAAAGUGAAUUCAUCAUGGUUUGCUACCAAUCCUAGUUCGCUACCAAAGACAGUGGAUUUUUUUUUUAAAGUUGCGGCUUCCGGUUCAUCCGCUUUGCUUGCACCACAGGGUCCAAUAUUUCACAUAAUUGAACCAGCUGCUGUAACGCUCGCAGCACCUGUCCCAGCUACAACUACAAUUUCAGAUACCCUCACUGUGCCAUCCGCAACCACUAUUAUAUCAAAUGAUAAAAACACGACAUUCACUCCACCACUUGUAGCAAUAGUCUGCGUAGCAGUUGUAACAGCACUCGUAGCAAUAAUAGCACUGGUAAUGGCGGCAAGGAGCCGUAAAGCACGAUCAAACAAAUCCAUGUCCACGCUUUCCACAUCCUCUACAACACCAAUGGUCGCGGGCAGCAAAUACAAGGAUUCACGCGACGUCGAAUCUCCCGUCGACGUGGCAUCAAUCUCAUCAGUCACGCCAUUAUCAAAGAAAGAAAGUCAACCGAAUAUAGCCCAAAGAAUGUCGCUUUCGUCGCCAUCUCGUUCGAGUUUAACGGGGAAUCCGAGUGUUACAUUCUCAUCUGUAAGUUCUGCUGGUGCGCUAUCGGUAUCCGACGCUGCGUUCUUGUCUGAUGCAUUUAGACAUGGAUUAAGAAAACCAGAAUGGGGGGCCGAUUUGGCAGAGGAAGGUACUGGAUUACAAAGCGUUUCGAGAAAGCAGGCACGAAUUGAAAUUAUGAAUGCAAAGGAUCUGUUGACUGAGGGAGAAUUUGAAGGCGAUCACAAAGAGAGCUAG